GAAGGUUUCCUGCGUAAGGAGACACAUUCAGACAUCCUUUAUCUCAGUCACUCAGUAAAGGGAGACGGUCACAGAGGCACAAUGUCUCUGAGACUUAACUUCAGCAGCAAUGAUUCCUGUGAGAUCCAGGAUGGAGGCCUGUCACCCUUCUUACCCAUCAGCUACAUCAUCAUCUGCUGUUUCGGGUUCCUGAGUAACACCAUCAGCGUCUUCAUUUUCUUCAUACGACGCCAGGCUGACAGCUCCAUGACAGUGUACUUGCGUCAUCUGACGCUGGCCGACUCGCUCUUGGUCCUGAGUUUGCCUCUGAGGAUCUACUACCAUGACAAACAGGGGCCUUACUUUCUGUGCAAAGUGGUGGGUGUCUUCUUCUACAUCAACAUGUACGCCAGCAUCUCCUUCCUCAGCCUAAUCAGCCUGGACCGCUACCUGAAGAUCGUCAAGCCGGUCUGGGUCUUCCGCAUACAGAAGGUGCUGUGGAGCCGCAUAGCCAGUGGCAUCACCUGGGCGGUCCUUUUCCUAAUAACAGCCCUGUUCUUUGUCAGUAACGAGCAGAAAGACCCAUGCGACAAGAUCUGCUUUCAUUUCCACAACAAGGGGCUGUUAGCUGGUAGCAUCAAUCUGACCGCCGUGGCCUUCUUUGGUGCCUUUUUCCUGUUGUUUAUCAUUUUCUACGUGAAGAUUGCUCUGAAGCUUAGAAACGUAGAGAUGGGAAAAGGUGACCCGAACGCACAGAACCGCAAGAAGAAUCUCGUCCUGAAGACGUUCCUGGUGCCCGUGAUAUUCGCGCUGUGCUUCCUGCCGUACCAUUUGGUCAGAGUGCCGUACGUUCUGGCCCAGAUGAAUGUGAUCAAAGAGCUGGAAAGCAAGCAGAUGUUGCACAUCUGGAAUGAAAACACCCUGCUCCUGUCUGCGCUCAACAGCUGCCUGGACCCUAUCAUUUAUUACUUUUUGUCCAGCACGUACAGGAAGACAAUCCUAUGUGCCAUCCAGGGCAAGUUUAAAACCGUGUACGACCUGAACAGGAGACGAAUCAGCAUUAACCGGUCCAUUACGGAAAUCUAGCCUUAAAACGACAGAUACCGGCGAGGAGAUAAUAAAAUAUUUGCACAGACUAUAUAUAUAUAUAUAGAGUAUAUAUUAAAUUAUAUUUUAAAUACUGAUGUUUUGUAGCAAAGAGGUCUGAGCACUUAUUCAGAGAUGUAUAUUAUUCAUCUGCUCACAUAAGCAUUCCAUGUGAAUCAGACGUUUAACCUUUUAAAUGCCUUUGAGGUUGUGAGAAUUCCUAUAUGACAUUUGAAAAAAAUUGUUUUUUACUUUUUUGUGGUAAUUUGUGCACUGCGUUAACCGUGUUGUGGGUACGAGAUACAUUGUGUUAAAUGUUGAAGACGCUUACUACUGUGGUCGAGUCUGGAGCCCUGACAUUAAAAAAAAAAGAAACUCUUCUAAAUAUAAUGUCAUCAGGAAUUUCCCACUGAAUGCAAUCUGCUUGAUCUUUCUGCUGAUUGUUUUUCUUCUUGUCCAUGAACAAAAGAUGAAAAGGCAAUCACGGUGGUGUUUUAUUGUACAUUUCUGUAGAAAUAUGUAUAUAAAGUAUUUAUAAAUGUUUUAUAUCUGAAAUUAUUGCUUAUUUUGAAUAUUCUGAUACGUACAGGUUUGGAUAUUUUGUCUAUUUUUUUAAAAUGCUUACAUCA